CAGAAGAGCUAUCACAUUUAUCCAGUCUUCAUCCCAGUGAGGUGUGCUCUCUGGUGGAUAAUCAUGAAGUUUCUUGCUGUAAUCCUUGCACUUUCAGUGCUCUCAGGCUGCCAUGGGCGCUUCAUGUUUCAGGAUGAGCCCAAAACCCCCUGGGAGGAAACAGUGGAUAAGUUUUGGGAGUAUGUGGCUGACCUGAGCUCCAGGGCUGAGGAGAUGAAGGACAACAUCAAAAGCACCCAGCUUAUCAGAGAGCUUGACACUCUGAUCAGUGACAGUAUGGCAGAGCUGCAGAUGUACAGUGAUGACAUGCAGUCCAAGUUUGGUCCUUACGCCCAGGAGACUGCUGAGAAGUUUCACGAUGACCUGAAACUGCUGAUGAAUAAACUCAACAUGCACAUGGAAGAGGCAAAGGAUCGCAUGACUGAAUACGGACAGGAGCUUCAGACCAUGGUGGAGCAGAACACAGAAGAUGUCAAGAACAGGGUUACCUCUUACGUCCGCAAGCUGAAGAAACGUCUGAGCAAGGACACCCAGGAGAUCAACAAGAAAAUGGAAACAUACUUUGAUGAAGUCCAGGCUCGUGCUACUCAGGGAGUGGAAGAUGUGAAAGAACGCCUGACGCCAUACUUUGACGUUGUACGCCAGAAUGCUGAAGACAAAUUCACCACCAUCGGAGAGCUGCUGAAAGCCCAGGCUGAAAACGUGAAGGAGAGACUGGAACAAAUUAAAGAGCACAUCGAGAAGACCAAAGAGAAUGUGCACGUCAAAGUCCAGGAAAAUAUAGAGAAAGUGCAAAACUGGUUUCAGGAACUACAGGAGAGGAUACAGGAGAUGGCAGCCUAGGAACUCUAUAAAUAAAAAAGUGGAUUAACUGUGGACAGAAAGAAAUGAGUGUGGUUAAUGAAAAUGUACAGCAUGUGCUGAGCAGUUGAUGUGAUACAUUCAGCAAAAUAAGCUAAAAGCAGUUGAGUAGAUUUCCUUUUAGCACUUAGGCAUUGACCACAAAGAAACAUUUCAAGAUUGUCACAAGAAAUGCUGGUGGUUUAGUCCAGUUUAGCUUAGUUCUGUACAUUAUACCAACAAACUGUGUUUUUUAAAAAUAAAACAUAUAAAACAAA